AUGAGUGAAUUUGAGCUUCCAAAGGUGGAUUUGAGUGGUCUUGAUUUAACAUGUCUCCAUGAUAAGACAUGGGCUGUGGCUAGAGCAAAUAUAGCUAUUGCUCUAAAGAAAUUUGGAGGCUUUGAGGUUGUUUAUGAUCAGGUUGGGCCUGAGCUUCGAGGUGGACUCUUGGGGCAAGCUAUUCCAGAACUCUUUGAAGUACCGGACGUUGAGAAGCUAAUUAACCCGUCGCAGGAGCUUCUACAAAUGAUCCAUAAGAUGGUUCUUGAGAUAUUAGGCUUGGAGGAUCAUUACAAUUCACAUAUGGAAUCAACAGACUAUUCAAUGAGAUUUACAAAAUAUUAUAAUGAUUUAUCAGAAAUAGGAACCAAAGUCGUUAUGCCUGCUCAUAAAGAUCCAAACUAUAUAAGCAUUAUUGGCCAACACGAUAUUGGAGGGCUUGAAAUAGAAACUUCUAAUGGUGAAUGGAUUUCCACGACUCCAAUUAAGAACUCAUUUACUGUCUUACUUGGUGAAGCAUUUAUGGCAUGGACUAAUAAAAGGUUCCAAGCACCAUGUCAUCGAGUAAAAAUGGAUGGAUCAGAAGAACGCUAUUCCAUUGUUUUCAGUACAAUUCCAAGUUUCGCUAAUGAUGUGAUAAAUCCCCCAAAGGAGUUAAUUGAUGAGGAGCAUCCACUACUUUUCAAGUCCUUCAAGUAUUACGAUUAUGUGAACUUUCGCUUUUCAGAUGAAGGAGAGAAACAUAAAGAUACUCUGCAAUUCUAUUGUGGUGCUUAG